AUGCCGAUGAAUAAAAAGAACCCCGAGCGCAAGACGUACUUCAUCCUCCGUAGCACAGACUACAAGCCCGAUGGCCUGAUCCAACUCGGCCAGCUCAUCGAGGACCCUCACACGCCCUACCGCCGCAUAGCGCCUCCCAUCAGGCCCCUCCCUGCAGACGCCGUUCACGUCUCCCUCAAGAACGACUGGUCCCUGGACAAAUCCAAGGGGGCGGCCGGCGAACUCGGCGUCUUUGCGCAGUUCCUGGCCGUGAUCACGGCAGAGGCCUCGGCCCACGCGUCCAACGAGUUCACGCAGUCGUGGAGCGCGGCCCAGCUCGAGACGGCAUUUCUCGAGCUGGGAUCGGACAAGGAAUCCGACUACGUCACGUCCAGCGUGCAGAAGGCGGCGGUGCAAAAGCGUCUCACGCGCGAGGGGUUCUUCAAGAAGAUGGUCCUCAGCAAGAAGGUCUUGUACAUGGUCACGGGCGUCAAGAUUGCGAGGAGGCCCGGCCAGGUCUCGUCCGGGGCGACCAAGACGACGGGCGGUGCCGUGAAGCUGGGCGCGGACCCCGGGACCGGGGGCGUGGUCACGACCGGCGUACAGGGCGGGCUGGACCGGUCCAGCAGUUUCGUCGAGAGCAGCACGCCGGACGACGAUUUCGUGUUCGCUUACAGACUGCGCAAGGUUCACGUCAACUUCAGCAGCAACACGUCCCUGCUGGGGAACGAUGUUUCCGGGGCCGAACUGCACGGGCACGGUGCUGGGGGAGGCGGUAGUGACACGAGCUCCGAUGAAGAGAGCGACGAAGAGGUGCCGGAAGAGGUCGUUGUUGAUGUUGAUGAAAUCGACAAGGUCUUGGUUGAGAAGGAGGACUUUGGAGACUCUCUCCCUGCUCGAGACGAGAAGAACGACGGCCUCGACGAGUUCGAUAGUGGCGAGUGCCUUGUCAUAGUUGCAUGA